AUGAUUCGGAAUAAAGGGGGGACAUUCCUCGCCUUUUGUGCCUUCUUGGCACUUAUAUCAGGAUCUCUCUCGGAAAUUGACUGCAAUUUUGAAAAUGGAUUUUGUGGCUAUACUCAAGGUUCAACAGACAACUCUGAUUGGCAAAUACAAUCUGGACCUACAUCAACAUCCAAUACUGGACCUUCUUUUGACCAUACAACUGGAAAGGGAAAGUAUGCUUACUUUGAAAGCUCUCUAGGCUCAAAGGGAUUUUCGGCACAGUUGAUCAGUCCUGCAAUAAGUGUGGCUGCCAAAACAACAAAAUGUUUGGUAUUUUGGUACCAUAUGUAUGGUCAGCAUGUCUACCAGUUCAACCUCAACACCCAACCAGCAGGUGGUGGCAAGGCUGCACCAAUCUGGACUAGGACAGGUGACCAGGGUAACAACUGGACGGAAGCAAGGAUUGAGCUCAAACCUAAAAGCAACUUCAAGUUGAUAUUUGAAGCUGUUCGUGGUAGUGGUUAUAAAGGGGAUAUUGGUCUAGAUGAUAUCUCAGUCCGCAAUGGUGCUUGUCCACCCGAAGGAACUGUAAUACCGUCUGUAGCACCAGGUCAAACCAAGAAACCACCAGUAGCUCUGGCUUGUGACUUUGAGACAGAUGAUAUAUGUAGCUAUUCCCAGUCAACAAAAGAUGACUUCGAUUGGAGAAGAUCAAAGGGAACUACUGGAUCUGUUCAGACUGGUCCAACGAAUGAUCACACUUAUGGAACACCAGCUGGUCAUUACAUGUUCAUAGAAGCAUCUGAUGCUAAGCCAACACAGAAAGCUCAACUGAUAACUCCGACAUUUCCUGGGAAAAUUACUCGCUGUUUACGAUUCUGGUACAAUAUGUAUGGACGAGAUGUCGAUACGCUCAAUGUCUACGCUAAAUAUGGCAAGGCACUGGGAAAUGCCCUCUGGACACUAACAGGAGAUCAAGGCCAAGGUUGGCAGAUUGCUGAAGUAACUAUCAAGAGAGGGCGUAACUUUAAUCUUGUAUUUGAAGCUGUAAGAGGAAAUGAUUUUAAAGGUGAUAUAGCUAUCGAUGAUGUAAAGUUGUCUAGAGGAGCUUGUCCGGCACCAGGAUCAUGUAAUUUUGAGAGAAAUCUGUGCGCAUGGAGUAAUACUAUAGUCAAUGAUGAUUUUGAUUGGGUACGAAAGAAAGGAGCCACAACUUCUAAAAACACUGGACCUGGAAAUGAUCACACUAGAGGCGGUGCUGGGUAUUAUCUAUACAUUGAAGCCAGUAAACCAAGGAGAAAAGGUGAUCGGGCAAGAUUUGUCAGUCAAACCUUCCGACCCUCAACUCGGCAGCAAUGUUUUGCAUUCUGGUAUCAUAUGUAUGGAGCACAACUCGGUACUCUGAACGUCUAUGUGGCGUCUGGCUCUCAAGAGACAUUGAUUUGGCAACUAUUUGGUGAUCGUGGUAAUAAAUGGCAGUAUGGACGAUUCUCAAUACCGAAUCCUAAACAGAACUUCAAGGUCAUAUUUGAAGGUGUUGUCGGAAAUAGUGUAACAGGAGAUAUAGCUCUUGAUGAUUUACGAUUAUUGACCUCUUCAUGUACUGUGUAUCCAAAGAAUGCAGCAUACAACCCAAUAACUACCACGACACCAAAACCAACGACACCCACGCGUAAAGCUACACUGCCACCAGGCGUCACCACUGUCAAACCCAAGGGACCCAACACAGUCACAUGUAAUUUUGAAAUUGAUCUGUGUGCCUGGAAACAAUCUACUGAUGAUGAUUUUGAUUGGACGAGGCACAAAGGUUCAACCCAAACUUCUAGCACUGGACCUUCGAAAGACCACACAUCUGGACAUGGAUUCUACUUGUACACGGAAGUUUCGAUAGUUAAAGCCAAUGAAUCUUCUCGUAUUCAAAGCAAGCAGAUAACACCCAGAGCUUCUACUCAAUGUCUUUCAUUUUGGUAUCACAUGUAUGGUCCCCAUAUUGGAAAACUCAACGUGUAUGUUAAAUCAUCAGCUGAUCUUGGCGACCCUGUCUGGACUAAACAAGAUUCACAAGGUAACUUGUGGAAGAAAGGACAAAUCACUAUUUCUCAAGGAAGCAAACCAUACUCUGUUGUUAUUGAAGGUACAGGUGGAAAUGGUUAUAAAGGCGAUAUUGGAAUAGAUGAUAUAGCUUUAUCUGAUGGUGCUUGUACAGGUGUAACAUUGGUUCCUCCGACCGGAUCUACCAUUAAACCAACAGUUGGUAGUGUGGUUCGGGGAAUGAGCUGUGAUUUCGAAGGAAGCAAGAUAUGUGGAUACACCCAAGAUAAGACAGAACAGUUUGAUUGGAAGCGGAACUCUAGGAGUACCGGAACGACUGGAACUGGACCGCAGAAUGACCAUACUUAUGGAACCAACAAAGGUCAUUAUAUGUAUACUGAAGCGUCACUUCGCAAACUUGGAGAUAAGGCAAGGAUAAUGUCACCGACGUAUAAGAACAACCAAGAUCUUUGUUUAAAUUUUUAUUAUCACAUGUAUGGAAGCGGAAUGGGAACGUUGAAUGUCUAUACACAGACUGGCAAGACUCUAGGACGUCCAGUAUUUACCAGAACUGGUGAUCAGGGUAAUCAAUGGGCAGUUGGUCAGGCCACCAUACCUAAAUCAUCUGCUGUUAAAGGUUUCAAGAUUGUAUUUGAAGGUGUCCGAGGCAAUAACUACAAAGCUGACAUUGCUGUCGAUGACGUAAGAGUAAUACUAGGAGCUUGUAAUUCACCAGGAAUGUGCGACUUUGAGAAAGGAUUAUGUACAUGGAAGAACGUACCAAAGGGAGAUGAUUUUGAUUGGAUAACAGGAUCAGGAAACACCAAAUCUAGAGGAACUGGACCUUCAUCUGAUCAUACCCGAGGUGAUAGUAAAGGUCAUUAUAUGUAUAUUGAAACAUCAAAUCCACGUCAUCCUGGUGAUAAAGCUUGGAUGUUGAGUCAGAUCUUCCCUCCCAAUCCUACUACUGGUCGGUGUUUACAAUUCUGGUAUGUAAUGAAUGGGCAAACUGUGGACACCCUCAAUAUAUUACUCAGAGUUUCAGGUCUGCCAGAUUAUACUUUAUGGACACUCUCGGGCUCUCAAGGAACAACGUGGAUGAGUGCUCAAGCUCCUAUACCAACAAAUAAACAUAGUUAUCAGCUGGUAUUUGAGGGUAUUCGAGGCAAAAGUUAUACUGGAGAUAUAGCUAUUGAUGACGUGAUAAUAAGCGAAUAUACAUGCGGCAUUCAACCAUCCAAGGCUAUGCCACCAACUCAAACGACAAUGGUGCUCACCACUCCAGGACCUACAGCUGCUCCUGGUGCCUUCAAUUGUACCUUUGAUCAAGAUUUAUGUGGGUGGAGCCAAGACAAGAAGGAUCAAUUUGAUUGGAAGAGAAAUCGAGGACAGACCGGAAGUACUGGUACUGGACCAAAGUCUGAUCACACUUCUGGAGGUGGAUAUUAUGUGUAUAUCGAAACAUCAACACCAACAGGCAAUGGAAACAAAGCAAGAUUAGUCAGUCCACCAGUAGUACCAGGUUCCCAUUGUCUUACAUUCUGGUACAAUAUGUACGGUAGACAUGUCUACUAUCUGAAAGUCUACCUUCAAACUGGUGUAGCAUUGCCUGCUCCAAUCUGGGCCAAGAAAGGAACUCAAGGUCUUCAGUGGAAGAAGGCUCAAAUCAACAUUAAGGAUAUCAAGAACACUUUUAAUGUUGUAUUUGAAGGAAUAAAAGGAACUGGUUAUUUAGGUGACAUAUCUGUUGAUGAUGUAUCGAUGGCUGACGGAGAAUGUCCUGAAAGUACGAACAAUAAACCACUUCAAAGUUGUGACUUCGAACGAAAUGACAUCUGUGGCUUUACUCAAGUUCGUGGUGAUAAAUUUGAUUGGACAAGAGGAUCUAGAAAUACUGGUACUCGUGCUACAGGUCCUUCUAAUGAUCAUACUUAUGGCACCAAAGCAGGACACUACAUGUACACGGAAUCCUCUUUCCCACGAAAAGUUGGAGAUGUGGCAAAGUUGUCAUCCUUCCAGAUCAAACCAUCUGCUACAACUAGUACAUGUGUGACGUUCUGGUAUCAUAUGUUUGGGCGAAGUAUUGGUACACUCAAUGUAUAUAUUGUUAAAGGUCGAAACACUGGAAAGCCUGUCUGGACCAAACAAGGUGAUCAAGGCAAUCAAUGGAAUCUAGCAUCCAUAUCAAUUCCUAAAUCAACCCAGCCCUACCAGAUCAUGUUUGAAGGUAUCACUGGUAAAGGUUUUUAUGGAGAUAUUGCUGUUGAUGAUUUUAGUGUCACAACGUCUUGCCCAAUAGAAGGGAACUGCGAUUUUGAGAAAGGUUUAUGUACGUGGAGAAAUGACCAGAAAUACGACCAGUUUGAUUGGAGAAUAACACAUGGUACUGGAAAGGGACAAUCGUAUUAUGAUCAUACUACUAAUACUGCAAAUGGCCAAUAUAUGUUUAUUGCUGGAUCAACCGUCAACAAAAAGAAAACAGCAAGAUUACUCAGUGAAGAUCUAGCCCCAUCAAAAACAACCUGUUUACAUUUCUGGUAUUUUAUUGGUCAGAAUGGUGGUAUGUUAAGAGUCUGGGUUGGUUUGAAAGCCUCAAACAAUCCUUUACCAGUAUGGGAAGUCAAUGGAGCAGUUUCUAAUCAGUGGCAUCAAGGACAGAUUAAGAUUCCGCCACAAACAGCCUCUUAUCAAGUAAUAUUUGAAGGAGCACUAGGAUCUAAUAUUGGUAUUGAUGAUAUUGUCUUUGAUACCAGUUCAAGCUGUAAAAAUUUGCCAAGUAACUCCCAUCCAUCUGUGACACAGAAACCCACAACUCAAUCCACAACACAGAAAGUAACAACCCCAAGACCAGUCACUCAAACAACCUUUAAACCCACAGUGUCCGUCAACUGCAAUUUCGACCACGAUCUAUGUGGAUGGAGUCAAGAUAAAACGGAUCAAUUUGAUUGGGUGCGGCAUUCUGGAAAAACAGGAACAUUUGGUACAGGACCCAGUGGUGAUCACACUAACGGAAAGGGCUAUUACGUGUAUAUUGAAACAUCAGCUCAAGCUAAAGGUAGUGCAGCCAGAUUGAUCAGUCCUCAUUACAAAGUUACCAAAGGACAAGCUAGUUGCUUCAGCUUCUGGUACAACAUGUAUGGUGACCAUGUCAGUGCAUUGAGUGUCUACCGCAGACAGAAUGGUAAAAAUGGUGGCGCUAUCUGGGUAAAGAAAGGAACCCAGGGUCCAACGUGGAAGAAAGCUUUUAUUGAUUUAGAUGGCUCUGCGACAGAUUUCCAGUUGGUAAUUGAGGCAUUGAAAGGGCCAAGUAUACGUGGUGAUAUAGCUGUUGAUGAUACUAGUAUUAAUCCAGGCGCCUGCUCCUCUGGUAAAAAUGGAGAUCUCUCAUGUUCGUUUGAAACCUCUGAUAAUUGUGGAUAUACUCAAGUGACUGGUACUGAUCAAUUUGAUUGGACAAGAAAUUCUGGAAGCACCAAUAGUAGAAAUACUGGACCUUCUUCCGAUCAUACUUUUGGAACAGGAAAAGGACACUAUAUGUAUAUUGAAUCAUCACCACCAAGAAAACGAGGCGACAAAGCUCAAUUUAUAUCUCCAGCUACACACACUGGAGGAACAUACUGCUUACGAUUCUGGUAUCAUAUGAGCGGUACGCAAAUUGGAAGCUUGAAUGUCUACAGAAAAUCAGGUAAUACCAUGGGAAGACCAAUAUGGAGCAGGAAGUCAAACCAAGGUAACAGCUGGAAUGUUGCUGAGAUCGACGUCAAAUCUCCAAAAUCUUAUCAGUUGGUAUUUGAAGGAGUAGUUGGAGACGGAUAUCGCAGUGAUAUUGCCAUUGAUGAUUUAAAUGUUACAACCGGAAGUUGUCAAAACCCAGGUGAAUGCAGUUUUGACAAGGGUCUAUGUUCCUGGACAAACAUCGUUGAUGGAACAGAUGAUUUUGAUUGGACCAGAAGUAGAGCUGGAACUUUAACUGGGGGUACUGGACCUAGUGCAGAUCAUACUUUUGGCAACAUGAAAGGGCAAUAUCUCUUCAUCGAAUCCAGCAGACCACGGAAAGUGAACGAAAAGGCUAGACUGCUGAGUGAAACAUUUGCUCCAACUGGUUCAUCUUCAAUGUGUAUGAGAUUUUGGUAUCACAUGUACGGUCGAACUGUUGGAACAUUACGAAUCUCCUAUGUUGUCAACAAUAUCUAUCCUGGAUUCACUUUAUGGCAGCUAUCUGGUAAUAAAAAUAGUAAAUGGCUGUCUGGACAACUGAGUAUCAAAUCUAGGACUGAAUAUAGGAUCCUAAUCGAGGGAGUUGUAGGAAAUGGUAUAUUUGGCGACAUAGCUUUAGAUGACAUUACGUUUAAAUUUGGUCCAUGUGGCAUCAGUCCAAGAUCUGCUAUGCCACCCGAUGCCACCACUACAGCGGAAACUACUACUGCUUCUACUCCGGUACCAAACUUUACUUCAUUACCUGGAACCGUAUCCUGUAAUUUUGAGAAUAACUGGUGUGGAUGGACCCAAGCUAAAGAUGAUAAUUUUGAUUGGGGAAGACAAAAAGGACCUACUUCAUCUCGAGGAACAGGAGCUUCUAAAGAUCAUACAUUUGGAGGUGGAUACUACGUGUAUAUUGAAACAUCAAACCCUAGAAAACCCAAUGAUAAAUCCAGAAUUAUGAGUCCUACAAUUACACCCAAAGGUGUCCAAUGUGUGACGUUCUGGUAUCAUAUGUAUGGUCGCAGUGUCAACAGGCUAAACAUGUAUGCACAAGCUGGUUCGAACCUCGGUACACCAGUCUGGACUAAGAAGGGAACCCAAGGAAAUAAAUGGAUACAGGCCAAGGUUGAUAUGACAUAUACCAAACAGUAUAAGAUUGUAUUUGAAGGGGUACGAGGCAAUAGUUAUAAUGGUGAUAUAUGUCUGGAUGAUAUUUCUAUAAUUGAUGGAUAUUGUGACGGAUCAACUGGAGUAACAGUACUACCAACUGGUAGCACUCCAAGAUAUGUGUGUGAUUUUGAAAAUCCUAAGAUCUGCAACUACCAACAAGACAUUCAAGAUAAUUUUGAUUGGAAACGACAGUCCAGAAAUACAGGAACUACAGGAACUGGUCCUAGCUCUGAUCAUACUUAUGGCACUAGAAAAGGUAACUACAUGUAUAUUGAGACCUCAAGUCCCAGACGAAACGGUGAUGUUGCUAGACUGUACACUUCUCAGUUACCAGUACUCAAAACUACCAGCUGUUUUAGAUUUUACUACCAUAUGUACGGUAGAAAUAUAGGAGCUCUAAACAUCAAGAUCAGAAAUAAUAAUGUCCUUGGAAAUGUUAUUUGGACACAGACUGGUAACCAUGGCAACAUGUGGACGCAAGGAAAGGUUACUCUAGAUAGUAGAAAGAUUACAAAGUCAUUCCAGGUUGUAUUUGAGGGUGUUGUUGGAAAUGGUAUUCAAGGUGAUAUAGCUAUUGAUGAUGUCAGUAUCGUAGAUGGUGCUUGCACUAAUGCAGGUCAAUGUAGUUUUGAGAACGGACUUUGUUCAUGGACCAACCUUCAGACGGGAGAUGACUUUGAUUGGAUUGUUGGAAAUGGUGGGACAACUUCUAAAUAUACUGGCCCUACUACUGAUAAUACCUUUAAAACAACCAGUGGUCAUUAUAUCUUCAUCGAGGCGUCUGCUCCGAGACAAUUGGGCGACCGAGCUGUUAUAGAGAGUCCUCAAUUCCCACCAACUAAAGGCAGGUGUUUGAACUUCUAUUACCAUAUGAAUGGUAGAAACAUUGGAACUCUGACAGUCUACAUUGUGUCUAACUCUGGUCAAAAUGUGUCACUGUGGCAGCUGAAGAGUGACCAGGGCAACAAUUGGUUGAAUGGGAAAGUUCCUAUUAAAGCAUCAUCAAAUUAUAAGAUCCUGUUUCAAGGAACGAGAGGUAAUGGUAUAGCUGGUGACAUUGCUCUGGAUGAUGUUUCCUUUACUGAGUCUAUUUGUGGAGUUGUCCCCAAGAAAGCAGAUCUGGGUCAUAACGGAACAGUUGCAUUCUCAACACAAAUAACACCAACUUUAGGUCCCGGAAGUCAGAUAGACUGUGAUUUUGAUAGUAAUCUAUGUGCAUGGAAACAAGAUAAAACUGACCAGUUUGAUUGGCAACGAAACCACGGUUCGACCAAAACAAUAGGCACUGGACCUACAUCAGAUAAUUCUGGAAAGAAUGGUUACUAUAUGUAUAUUGAAACGUCCCUACCAAGAAAAUACAAUCAAAAAGCUAGGUUGAUAACUCCUAUACUACCAGCAACCUUAGUCACCAGAUGUUUCAUGUUUUAUUACUAUAUGUACGGUACUCAUGUUGCGGACCUUAAUGUGUAUGUUAAGAGUGGACCUAGUCUAGGUAAACCAACUUUCAAUAGACAUGGAACUAGAGGCCAGAAAUGGCAUCAAGCUAUGGUGGAUGUAACAGUCUCUGCAAAUUUCCAGAUGGUGAUAGAAGCAACAGUAGGAAAAGGUUACAGAGGAGAUAUUGCUAUUGAUGAUGUUACAUUGGCUGAUGGUCCCUGUACAAGCGGUAAUAAUCAAGGGGUAGCACCAGGCAUCACUUGUGAUUUUGAAGAUUCAAAAAUCUGUGGAUACACUCAAGGCAAGAAUGAUAAAUUUGAUUGGACAAGAGAUUCGGCUGGUACCACAUCCACUGGUACUGGACCACCAUCUGAUCAUACAUAUGGCACAUCUAAAGGUCACUAUAUGUAUAUAGAAUCAUCCUCACCCAGAAAACAGAAUGACAAUGCUUUACUGGUAACCUCAACACAUACAGUUGGUGCUUCUCCAGAGUGUGUGGAAUUCUGGUAUCACAUGUAUGGUAAACGAACUGGUACUCUCAACGUUUAUCUGCAACAAAACGGUGCCAAUGGAAAUGCUGUGUGGACAAAAUCUGGUGAUCAAGGCAAUCAAUGGAAUCGAGCAGAGGUACAAUUACCUGGUAGCAGUAACGCUGCCAAUAUAGUUUUUGAAGGUAUUGUUGGAGGAUCAAUAUAUAGUGAUAUAGCUAUUGAUGAUGUGUCAGUUAGAACUGGAAAAUGUGGUCAAACAGGAAGCUGUGAUUUUGAAUCUAACACCUGUUCAUGGAGUAAUUCUAAAGUUGAUGAUUUUGAUUGGGUACAAGGUAAAGGCAAGACAGGAUCUUCUGGUACUGGACCUUCCACUGAUCAUACAACAGGAAAUGCUACUGGCACGUACAUGUUUAUAGAAACCUCGAAACCAAGGACCACCGGAGAUGUUGCCAUCCUACAAAGUCCACAGUUUAAAAGCACCACUCAAAACUGUAUGCAUUUCUGGUAUCAUAUGAAUGGUAGAACAGUCGGAUCCCUAGCAGUACAAAUUCAAUUAAUUGGCCAGAACGGUACCUCAAUCUGGAGUCAAUCAAAUAAUCAGGGCAAUAAGUGGCUUCAAGGUCAAGUAUCUGUACCAUCUCAAAGUGCCGAUUAUAGGGUGCUCUUUCAAGCUAUCCGCGGAACAUCUUACACAGGAGAUAUAGCUAUUGACGAUAUAGUGUUUGAUCAGAGUACAAAUUGUCAACUGAUGCCACCAACUGCUCAAGUACAGGCACCAACCACUCAACAACCAACUACCAUAUUACCUGGUUCCGUACCAGGCGGUUUCACUUGUGAUUUUGAGAAGGAUUUCUGUCUGUGGACACAAGAUAAAACUGAUAAAUUUGAUUGGUCUAGAAAGCGAGGCAGGACAACGAGCAGUGGUACUGGACCUGUAGGUGAUCACACUUCAAAACAGGGUUACUAUAUAUACAUGGAAACAUCUGGACAUACAAAUGGCGAUUCAGUCCGGUUGAUCAGUCCUCAGAUUAACGGUGCUACUCAGUUUUGUUUGAGGUUCUUCUACCACAUGUAUGGACCAACAAUCAAUAGAUUAAAUGUUUACUUUUCUAAUGGAAAGACAUUAGGCAAAUAUGUUUGGUCUAAAUAUAGAUCACAGGGUAACGCAUGGAAAAGUGCUUCGAUUCAGAUUGCUGGAGGUUCUGUAACUCAAGGUGUUACAAAUGUUGUGUUUGAAGCUGUACGAGGUAGAAGUUAUUCAGGAGAUAUUGCUUUGGAUGAUAUUUCUCUUACUCCUGGAUCAUGCUCGGCCACCACAGGAACCACCACAAGCAGUCCAAUUGAUUGUAGCUUUGAACAGUUUACCAACUGUAAAUACAUGCAAGAUAAACAGGAUGUGUUCGAUUGGAGUGUCAGAACAUUGAGAACUUCGUCAUUUGGAACUGGACCUAAUGCUGAUCAUACAAUGGGAACUCGAGCAGGGUACUACGCUUUCAUCGAAAGCUCAAGUAGAAAACCAAAUGAUAAUGCAAGAUUCAUCACCCCAGCUUUCAAAUCAACUGACGGGAAAUGUUUGACAUUUUGGUACAAUAUGAAUGGGCGACAGAUGGGAAAAUUGAAUAUAUAUCUGCAAACUUCUUCUAAACCAGCACCUCCUAUCUGGAAUAAAUCUGGUAAUCAAGGUCCUCAAUGGAAAGUGGAAUAUGUUCCUUUGCCCGACUUUACCAAUGGAACAAUAAUAUUUGAAGGAGUUGUUGGUACAGGAUAUCUAAGUGAUGUAGCUAUUGAUGAUGUUAAAUUACAAACUUCUUGUCCUAUACCAGGGGAUUGUGAUUUUGAAUCUGAUACUUGUGGAUGGACAGAUGCUGUCGAUGAUAAUUUCAAUUGGAUGAGAAUCAACUCUGGUAUCACCAAGUUUGGUCUGAAACCCUCGGGUGAUCACACACUAGGACCAAAGAAGAAUGGAACAUACAUGUACGUUGGACAAGGGUCACCGUCCGGAAAGGGUAAUGUUGCUCGUCUUGUAUCCCCAUCAUUAUCUGCUACUGGUUCAAAAGGAAAAUGUUUCAAUUUCUGGUACAUCAAUUCUGGUUCUUCAUUUGGUAAAAUCAUAGUUUCUCUACAACAGGGGAAUAUGACAACACCAAUAUGGAUUUUGACCUCUGAUGAUAGUGCUGCUAGCAAGAACUGGCAGAAUGGACAAGUUCCUUACCAAAGUGCCGUUGAUUACUCUAUUGUGAUUGAAACCAGUAGAACAGGUGGUACUACCGGCUUUAUCACUCUGGAUGAUGUUACAAUCAGGAAUAGCAAGUGCUCCAUUACCCCUAAUUAUGCAGACACUGGAUCUACUCUUAUGCCAUUUAGAUCAACAACACCUGGACUAGCUAUUACUCCCCCUACUAGUGCACCGUCAAUCUAUGACUGUAACUUUGAGAAGGGGUUAUGCUCGUGGACACAGAAUAAAGAUGACGAUUUUGAUUGGACAAGAAAACAUGGAGCGACAACAACAAGUGGUACGGGACCCAGAACAGACCAUACUCUAGCUACUGAUCAAGGCUACUAUGUCUUCAUAGAAACAUCAAAUCCAAGAAAGUUUGGUGAUAAUGCUAAACUGGCUAGUAAAACCAUAUCCACAUUCUCUACACCCAAAUGUCUCAGCUUCUGGUAUCACAUGUAUGGACCCCACGUUAACACCUUGAACGUUUAUGUGAAAUCUGGUAAUGCAUAUGGUACUCCUGUAUGGACAAAGAAAGGAACCCAAGGCUUUAAAUGGAAACAAUCGUCUAUAGACAUUGCAGCCAAUGCUUCCUAUCAGAUAGUGUUCGAAGGCGUCCGAGGAACCAGCUUCCAAGGAGACAUUGCUUUAGAUGAUAUAUCUGUCACUGACGGUCUUUGCGGUUCAUUGAGCAGUUGUGGAUUUGAAGAUAAAACGAUCUGUGGCUAUCAACAAGAUGCUAAAGAUAAUUUUAACUGGUUUCAGAAUUUUGGUAGCACAGGUUCAUCAUUUACUGGUCCUCCUAAUGAUCAUACCUACGGCACACGAAAAGGAAAAUAUAUGUAUAUUGAGUCAUCUAGACCAAGAACGGCCGGGCAGAAAGCAAGACUUAUCAGUACCUCACAAUAUGCCACCAACGGUGCCUGUGUGACAUUCUGGUACCAUAUGUAUGGAAGAACCACUGGAAGUCUAAAUAUCUAUGUGCGAUCUGGAGAUACACUCGGUUCUGCUGUAUGGACAAUGAAGGGUCAGCAGCAGAAUAAAUGGUUACAAGCACAGAUCACUGUAAAGUCGCCUAGCAGUUGGGAGGUGGUAUUUGAAGGAGUAAUAGGUAAUGGCUAUCAAGGUGAUAUAGCAAUUGAUGAUGUUUUAAUCACUGACGGAGCAUGUCAGCUACCAGGAGACUGUAAUUUCGAGAAAGAUAUGUGUAGCUGGAAGAACACUAGGGCUGGAGACGAUUUUGAUUGGAUAAUGGGAGCCGGAAGUACACCUAGCAGAUAUACUGGUCCUACAACAGAUCAUACCACAAAAUCUACAAAUGGUAAAAUUACUUCUCUGAACACUAAACUGUCUCGUUCCAAACCUUGGGUAUUUGUUCCCUCAAAGGUGGCAGCAAACACGAUAGACGGCACCUAA